CACAAAUUAAACUACCUAAGAAAACUCAAAUUCUCUCCCAACUUAACAAUUUUUGGUUUAUAUAUUACCAGGCAGAAAAUUAAAGAAAGAACCAAUAACAUGGAAGCAAACUUGUUCAAUUUUGUUUUUGCUGAAAGAUCAUCACCAUCAACUACUACUUCAUCACCUCAAGUCCUUACCUUCCAUUCCACUGCUAAAUGGAAUGCUCAUUUUGGUGCCUUGAAAGAAACGGACAAAUUGAUGGUGAUUGAUUUUACAGCUACAUGGUGUGCACCUUGCAAAUUCAUGGAUCCAGUUAUUCAAGAUUUUGCUGCAAAUUACAAAGAUGUUGAGUUCAUCAAGAUUGAUGUGGAUGAGCUAAUGGAGGUGUCUCAAGCAUUCCAAGUUCAAGCAUUACCAACGUUUAUACUCAUUAAGAAAGGAAAAGUGGUUGAUAGAGUGGUUGGAGUAAGAAAGGAGGAGCUGCAAAGGAUGAUUGAGAAACACACAAAAUGAAUGAAUGUUUGUGUGUGUGUGUUUGUGAUCAUGCAAAGACCAACAACUUAGAAUGCAAUAAGUUGGUUUCGCAAUUCUUCUCCCAAAGAAAAUGAAUAAUUUGAGUCAUUCUUUACCAUUAAUACUAGUUGGCCAUGUAAUAUCUAUCAAUUAAUAGUAUUAGAUUCUUUGCUGAUAAA